AUGCCACCUACCCCCACCCAGCCGCCAACCAAGUCCAACAGCACCGUGGGGAACUACACCCUGAACAACGGAACGCAGCGUUGCCUCAUGGUCCAGAUGGAGCUGAAGAUCCGACUGGUUUCUCUCAAGGCCAAUGGAACGUUCCUCCUGCUCCCCAACAAGACUAGCACAGCAGGGAAUUGUUAUGAUAACAACGCUACUCUAGUCCUUAUUUCUAAGGAAUUAAACAUCACAUUCGUCUUCUCAAAGAACGCCACCUCCAACAAAACGAUGGUGAAAAAAGUGAAUUUCACUCUGACUUAUGAUUUUAACAAAAAAAGCAAUGACGCUGUGACCUACAAUGUGGCGAACGAUUCCCUUAAGAUGUUUGAGACCAAAUUCGGACACUCUCACUCGUGCAGUAAAGAGUCAAUUUCCGUGGGACAAGGAUUCUACCUGGACCUGAGUCACGAUCGGAAUCAGGCUUUCAAUUUCCCCAAAACCAACAAAUUUGGCCCAGCCGACUACUGCUCAGCGGAUCAGAGCAACUACCGCGUGGCUAUCGCAGUGGGCAUCACGCUCCUGGUGCUGGUCGUGGUCGUGGUCAUCGCUUAUCUUCUGGCUCGGCGAAAGAGGAACAACGGAUACCAGUCCCUGUAA